AUGAAGGAUUAUGCGAGCGGAUCUAGCGCGGACGUGUUUGGACAUAGAUGGAGAGAAGCUGGGUUCAUGAACCCCGAGACCCAGCUCUACACUUCGGGACUGAGUGGUUGGGGGACAACUCGGUGGGAAACGGGAAGUGGUUACUAUGGAUCCUCCAGCCGUGAUCAAGGGUACUUGACCCCAAGGGAAAAGAGGAAUUAUCUGUACGGAUCUGGUCCGUCAUCUGCCAGCGCAACUCUGUGUCGUCUCUGCGGGCAGUAUGGCCACCGAACGUACUCAUGUGCAUACGCGACGCGGUGCCAGUCGAGGAACGACAUGACCGAACCCGCUUCGUGA